GUGGCAAAAAACAAUGGCGAGGCGAAACUAAAAAAUUGUGUUGCUGACAUCUGGUCGCUUGCAAAACUAUUUCGAGCAGAUUUUGUGAUAUUUCGUUGUGAUCGGUCGAUAAAUCCCUAGGUUUUUUAAUGGAAAGUGCGAAGGCGUCGUAGUGGUUAGGAAGACAGCAAGAAAGACAGCAGACACACAAUUUGCAGACCAAAAGUAAGCAGUUCUACAACUAACGGAACUCCACGGAACACGGAGCAGUGGAGAAAGGAUAUUCGGUGGAAGAGGAACAGCAGAAACAACACAGACACCGACACAAACACACCCACACACACACACACACACACGAGAGCGAUGGACAUGAUCACAGUGGGGCAAAGUGUGAAGAUCAAGCGGACGGAUGGACGCGUCCACAUGGCCGUGGUGGCGGUGAUCAACCAGUCGGGCAAGUGCAUCACAGUCGAGUGGUACGAGCGGGGCGAGACGAAGGGCAAGGAGGUGGAGCUGGACGCCAUACUCACCCUGAAUCCGGAACUGAUGCAGGACACCGUGGAGCAGCAUGCCGCCCCGGAGCCCAAGAAGCAGGCCACCGCCCCCAUGAACCUGUCGCGCAAUCCCACACAGUCGGCCAUCGGCGGCAAUCUCACCAGCCGCAUGACCAUGGCCGGCAACAUGCUCAACAAGAUCCAGGAGACCCAGUCGAUCCCCCAUCCGCUGGGCAACAGCAAUAGCGCCAAUACGAACAGCAACUCCAACGCGACAGCAGGAGGAGGAGGCACCACUAGCACCACCGCCACCACGACUGGAUUGCAGCGGCCGCGCUACUCGCAGAAUGUCGCCGGCCAGCAGCAGACGAGGAUCGCCUCGGCGGUGCCCAAUAACACAUUGCCCAAUCCGGGAGUGGGAUCAGCAGCGGGAGCCACAGCUGCAGCGGCACAGGCAGCCGCCGCUGCCGCCGCUGCUCCGGCCAGCAACACAACCCAGGGAGCCGGCGGAGCUCGGCGAUCGCAUGCUUUGAAGGAGGUGGAGCGGCUGAAGGAGAACCGCGAGAAGCGGCGGGCGCGCCAGGCCGAGAUGAAGGAGGAGAAGGUGGCUCUGAUGAACCAGGAUCCCGGCAAUCCCAACUGGGAGACGGCGCAGAUGAUACGCGAGUACCAGAGCACGCUGGAGUUUGUCCCGCUGCUCGACGGGCAGGCCGUCGAUGACCAUCAGAUCACCGUGUGCGUGCGGAAGCGACCCAUUAGCCGCAAGGAGGUCAACCGCAAGGAGAUCGACGUCAUCUCGGUGCCGCGCAAGGACAUGCUCAUCGUGCACGAGCCGCGCAGCAAGGUCGACCUCACCAAGUUCCUGGAGAACCACAAGUUUCGCUUUGACUACGCCUUCAACGACACUUGCGACAAUGCCAUGGUAUACAAAUACACAGCCAAGCCGUUGGUAAAGACCAUUUUCGAGGGCGGAAUGGCGACGUGCUUCGCCUACGGCCAGACGGGAUCCGGCAAGACGCACACCAUGGGCGGCGAGUUCAACGGAAAGGUGCAGGACUGCAAGAACGGCAUCUACGCCAUGGCGGCCAAGGAUGUUUUCGUGACCCUGAAUAUGCCGCGCUACCGCUCCAUGAAUCUAGUCGUUUCGGCCAGUUUCUUUGAGAUCUACAGCGGCAAGGUCUUCGAUCUUCUGGCCGACAAGCAAAAGCUGCGCGUCCUGGAGGACGGCAAGCAGCAAGUGCAGGUGGUGGGCCUCACCGAGAAGGUGGUGGACAGCGUGGAGGAGGUGCUGAAGCUGAUCCAGCACGGCAACGCUGCCCGCACCUCUGGCCAGACGUCGGCCAACUCGAACUCAUCGCGUUCGCAUGCCGUCUUCCAGAUUGUCCUGCGACCGAUGGGCACCACCAAAAUUCACGGCAAAUUCUCGUUCAUCGAUCUGGCGGGCAAUGAGCGCGGCGUGGACACCUCAUCGGCGGAUCGCCAGACACGCAUGGAGGGCGCCGAGAUCAACAAAUCGCUGCUGGCCCUCAAGGAGUGCAUCCGUGCGCUGGGAAAACAGUCGGCCCACUUGCCGUUCCGUGUCUCCAAACUCACCCAGGUGCUGCGCGACUCGUUCAUUGGCGAGAAGAGCAAGACCUGCAUGAUCGCCAUGAUCUCGCCGGGGCUGAGCUCCUGCGAGCACACGCUCAACACGCUACGCUACGCGGAUCGUGUCAAGGAGCUGGUGGUCAAGGAUAUCGCCGAAGUUGGCCCCGGAGGCGGCGGCGGCGGCGAGAUAAUCGAGGUGAUGGACGACGAGGAGGAGGAGGAGCUCAACAUGGGCGGCCAUCCGCACUCGCAUCAGCUCCACCAGAAUCCCCAGUCGCAUAGCCAGCGCGUCGGCGGUCCUGGCAUCCAUAACAACAAUAAUAACAACAACAAGAACGGAAACGCCGGCAACAUGGACCUGGCCAUGCUGAGUUCGCUGAGCGAACACGAGAUGUCCGACGAGCUGAUUGUACAGCACCAGGCCAUCGACGACCUGCAGCAAACGGAGGAGAUGGUGGUGGAGUAUCACCGCACCGUGAACGCCACAAUCGAGACGUUCCUCUCGGAGUCGAAGGCACUGUACAACAUAACCAACUACGUGGACUAUGACCAGGACUCGUACUGCAAGCGGGGCGAGUCGAUGUUCUCGCAGCUGGAGGAGAUCGCCGUCCAGUGCCGCGAGAUGAUGGCUGAGUAUCGGGCCAAGCUGGCCAAGGAGGAGAUGCUUUCGUGCAGUUUCAACUCGCCGAAUGGCAAGCGUUAGUUGGCGCCGCAGACAUCCGAUUUGAGAUCACCUUGUUCCCCGUUUUUAAAUAACUUACCAUUACUAUUCCCUCUGGCUUCCCUUCCAUCUUUGUUUCUAGAAUGCUAAAUGCACUUUCACAAGAACUUUACAUUUUUUAUUGGGCCCCGAAACGCAACCCAUCUUGAAAUCCUGGCAAGGGGGCUAUUAUUAUUUCUAAGCAGUUAAUGAAUGAAUUAAAUCAAACAUUGAAGUUUCUUAGAACGGAUGCAGAAUAUAUAGCAUACAAAUAGAAGUGUCUUUUAGGAAAAAGACUUGAAAGCCCCCUAAAUCUUAAACUAAAUCUAAAUCUCCCGCUCUUUCCAACUCGAUGUCGCUGCAAGCUAGUUUGUUAGGUUUUUAACUACAUUGAUAAUCGAGGAGCGACACAGUUGAAAGCCUGUUAAAUAUAUACUUUACGAACUAAGCACGGGAAACAGACACAGAAACAGAUUUACCAUGACAGCAGCACACCAAUAACAGAAGAAAACUCACUAAAUAGCAGGCCAACUCCUUGUUGGGUUAUCCUUUAAUUAUAUGAUUAUAAUUUCUGCGCAGUCGAUACUUUUGUAAAAGAAAAAGACAUUUACUAUAUUAUAAUUACUACUUACAUACGUUCUACUCUAUUUAUAAUAUGAGAUUCCAUUUAAUAUAAUUACCUUAUGCGAUUCGUUCCCUUCAUUUUAUCGUCCCAAUGCUCGUCCAGAGUUUUGUUCAUGCCACGGCACAAAUCUAUUAUUUUGUACAACUACGAACUAAUCGCGCAUUGUAUUUAUUUAAAGGCCACAAAACUGUAUUUAAUUUGUAUUAAUUUAUUAAAAUACUACUGCACCAAAUCCA